UGUUGCGAAAUUCAACAUCCUCCGGGAGGAUGGUGAAGUGGGCGAUGAUGUUAACUCAAUUCCACAUUGAGUACCGGCCAAGGUCAGCGUUCAAGGGACAGGCCCUAGCUGACUUCCUAGUAGAAAUGACUGGUCUAACUCCAGACUUACCGGUCAACAAGCCCACUGAGCAAUGGUGGGAGAUGGCAGUUGACGGGGCAUCCGGUCCUAGAGGAUACGGGGGUGGUAUCGUGUUCACCACCCCAGAAGGGUUCAAGAUCUACCAUGCGAUCGUCUUCAACUUCAAGCUGACGAACAAUGAGGCAGAAUAUGAAGCUUUGGCUGGAGGGCUCAGACUUGCCCAAGCCCUGAAAAUCAGCCGGGUCAGUAUCAAAUCUGACUCUAGCCUGAUAGUAGGGCAGGUGACCGGUAACAUGGAAGCAAGGGAAGGACGCAUGGCACAAUACAAGGACCUUGUACUUGCCCUGUUGAAGGGCUUCGAAGAAUUCAAAAUCGCCCAGAUUCCCCGGGCGGAGAACGCGGAUGCAGACCUUCUCCCCAAAUUGACGCAGUAUGCUCCCGAGCAUGUUUCGAAACUUGCCCGGGUAGAGAUCCUUGACCGCGCAAGCAUCGAGAAAUUGGAAGUUGCCGCUAUAGCGGCCGGAAGCCAGUAUGACCGGUCGAAUUUGGUCGGGGCAGACGACCAUUGGAUGUAUGAUCUGAUGGAAUAUCUGACGGAUGGGAGCUUGCCAGAACAGGAUGACCGGGCAAGGAAAGUGAAGCUCAGGGCACCCCGAUUCCAUGUUCUCGAUGGAAAGCUGUAUAAAAGGGCAUUUGGGGGGCCACUCCUGAGAUGUCUAACCAACCGGGAGGCUGAGCGAGUCAUCGCGGAGGUCCACGAAGGCGUAUGCGCGGCGCAUCAAAUGUCCCGAAACAAGUGGCUGGAAGAGCUCCCACACAUCGUAUGGGCAUUCCGAGUAACUCCCAGGAGGGCUCAUGGGGAAACUCCAUUCUCCCUAACCUAUGGGUGUGAAGCAAGGCUGCCCAUCGAAGCUGAAUUCCCCACAUUUCGGGAGUCAAAUUAUCAACCCCAGCAAAAUGAGGAAGAUCACUUGGCCGAACUCAACUUGGUCGAAGAGCGGAGAAUGGCCGCAGAAGUUAAAAUGAGUACGUACCAACAAGUUGUGAAGAAGUACCAUGACAACAAGGUUGGGCCGCGGUACUUCCAAGUUGGUGAUGAAGUCCUACGAAGAAGAGAAGCAAGUAGACCCAGCAACGGGGGAAAGCUAGCAAAAAACUGGGAAGGCCCAUAUAGGGUUAGAGCCAUCAUUCGCCCGGGGACCUACCGGUUAGAAACUCUUGAAGGGGUACCAGUAGAAAGAACCUGGAAUUCCCAUCAUCUUCGCAAGUUCUACAAAUGAUUGUAAUACUAGGCAAGGCCUACUUUAUUAUCAAUCAAAUCGAUGAUGUUCAAUACUCUAUUUGGUAGCGGCAGAAUUGGAAGG